UGUGCUUCUUCGCGCAAAGUGUAUUGUUUUUACAAAUAUGCGUAAAUAGAAAUUGCUAAUUUUUUUUUGUUUUCGUGUCAUCAUAAAGAAAUGGAGUGUUCGAGUUGGUGGCAGGCAUUUACGAAGCAGAUCGAUUCAACCACCGUACUCGCUGCAUCGAUUCUCGUACUGGCGAGCUUGUGGAUCGUCCAACUGCUGCUCGGUUGCAGCGAAAAGAGAAGAAACUUGAUACGUUUGGCAUCGAAGCUACCGGGCCCACCGACGAUUCCCCUCAUCGGCAACGCCUUGCACUUUGCCUGCAGACCCGAUGAGACUUUGGAUAAGGUACGAGAGUUGGCGAAAAAUUACGAUACUCCGCUGCGGUUCUGGCUUGGCCCCAAGCUGUUCGUCGUGCUUACCGAACCUCGAGAUUACGAGGUCAUUCUAGGAUGUUCGAAAGCGUCUUACAAAGAUCCCGUGUACAGAUUCAUGGAGUCCUUCGUUGGGCAAGGACUCGUCAGUGGAUCUGGACCGGUGCACAGGCAGCACAGAAAAGUCAUUAUGCCGAUGUUGAACAGCAAAACUUUGAGCGAGUACCUGAAGUACAUCAAUUGCCAUGGUCAAAAGAUCGUUCGACUUCUCGAGAAAAGAGUCAACGGCGGUGAAUUCGACGUUCAACCGAUCAUCGCCCGUUGCACCUUCGAUAUCAUGUUUGACACGAUUUUGGGUGUAGAAGCUAAUCUGAAAAAAGAAGAUUACGAAGAUCUGGUAUACUGGACCGAAACUAUCUACGAACUGAUCCACACGCGAAUGAUGAAAGUGUGGCUGCACCCGGAUUGGAUAUUUCGUUGGACCGAUACGGCCAAAAGACUGGAGCAGGGUAAAAAAGUCAUUCACACCUUCAUCGAAUCGGCAAUAGCUCAGAAGUGGAAAGAGCACAAGAGCGUGGACAAACCGAGCAGAUCGAUUCUGCUCGAGCAAUUGAUCGAUCACGUGGCCAGAACCGAUCUCAUGACGGACGAGCAGCUUCGCGACGAAACUUACACUAUGUUCACGGCGGCACAAGACACGACGACGGUGAUAUGCUCGUUCGCCAUUCUGCACUUGGCAAUGAACCAAAAUAUUCAGGAUAAAGUACGCGAAGAAAUGGAAAGAGUCGUCGGAACCGCAAGCAGUAUCGAAAUGGAACAUUUGAACGAGCUCUCGUACACGGAGAUGGUGAUCAAGGAGACCAUGAGAUUGUAUCCGAUCGCGCCGUUGAUGGUGCGUCAAGCUCGUGGCGACAUAAGUCUCGAAACUUGCACAAUACCCGAGGGCUGCUCGAUCCUCAUGGUGCCCUUCGUGACUCACAGAAGUGCAAAGUACUGGCAACAACCGGACGAUUUCCUACCCGAACGAUUUGCGCCAGAAAACUCGAGCGAUCGACACGCCUUCGCCUACGUGCCUUUCAGCGCCGGGAUCAGAGGAUGCAUUGGUCAAAAAUUUGCCAUGAUGCUAUUGAAAACGAUCAUCGGCCACGUCGUGCGAAGCUAUCGUUUGACCAGCAGCAAGACGAUGGACGAUAUUCGACUGAAAAUGGACAUAUCGGUGCGCUCGAAGGACGGUUACGGCGUAUCGAUCGAACGACUGCGAGCGAAUUGACAUUUGGAGGAAAAAAUUGAAAAUUUCUCCUUGUGUACUUGUAGUUUUUUUUAUUUAAUAAAUUCUUCAACUG